AUGCUUGGGUUACACCUUAAAGGGUUUGCAAGAUGCUAAGAGAAAUUAGGUUAUUUGGGUAUUUAUAUGAAGAACACCACUUCUGUAAAAACACGGUAUAGUAUCCGAGGCUCGCCAUGGAGGAAGAAGCCACGAACGGACCAUGUCACCUUUUGGACCUGCCCUGGGAGGAUGUGCUUGUUCCGCACAUUUUGUGUUAUUUGCCACUGCAACACCUGGUCAGCCUGCAGAGGGUGAGCAAGCAGUUCCACAGCCUCAUCCAGGUGUAUCUGGCCAACUGCAGGACUUUUAGUCUGUCUUCGAUAGGACCAUGCAUUCCCAAAGAGGCGUUUUGCUCCAUGUUAAAGGACAAUAAAGUUCUGCAGAACCUGUCACUUCAGAACUGCUCAGACUGGGUGAGCGACCAGGAGCUGCUGCCGGUUAUCGGCCAGAACCAGCAUCUGCAGAGAGUGGACAUGAGCGGAUGUGCUUGGCUCACGCGCCACUCCCUGGUGGCUGUAUCCUUGAGCUGCUUGCACCUCCAGCAUCUCGGCCUGGCCCACUGCGAGUGGGUGGACAGCCUGUCCCUGCGCAGCCUGGCGGACCACUGUGGGGGGCUGCAGUCCAUUGACCUCACCGCCUGCCGUCAGCUGAAGGACGACGCCAUCUGCUACCUGGCCAAGAAAUGCUUGAAUUUGAGGUCUCUAUCUCUGGCAGUCAAUGCCAACAUCACUGAUGAGUCGGUUGAGGAGGUGGCCAAGAACUGCAGGGGCCUGGAGCAGCUGGACCUGACGGGUUGCCUGCGGGUCAGGAACCAGUCCAUAAGGACUCUGGCAGAGUAUUGCCCGAAGCUGCAGUCCCUGAAGGUGAACCACUGUCACAAUGUGACAGAGUCGAGCCUUGAUCCUUUGCGGAAGCGCAACGUGGUGAUCGACGUUGAGCCGCCGUUACAGAGAGCCCUGGUGCUUCUUCAGGACGUGCUGGGGUUCGCUCCCUUUAUCAACCUCCAGAUAUGAUCCAGCGGCAAUCUGUCUCUUCAACAGGAGCGACAGGUGGAUCAGAAGUACUAUACUAUCCGAGUGUCUGAACAGAAGACCCUGAACUCACCGUUUGUGUUGUCAUAACUUGUUUAUUUGGAUAAGAAUGACAUACAAAGUAAUAGUAAUUUUUCUUACCAAUACAUUUCUUAUUUUUUACAGAUUUCUUGGUAAGAGCAAUCCCUUUCAUCUGUGUUGCACAGACGUGUUGUUGAAAAAAAAAAAUGUCAAGACAGUUCAAGAAGAGUUGGAUGUAUUACACACAAUAAUGUGGGUUAAAUCACCGGAGUGUGAUUUAUGAUGCAAAGAUAUGACGGAACUGAAAAUAAGUGUAAUUUUGCAAAUGACUGCAAAAAACGAAAGCCAUGUACUUUUUAGAAUUGCUACCUGGUGUCCAGAAGAUGUCACUGCACUGCCCCUUAAUCUUUUGGUGUUGUUAUGAUGUGGCUUUACAGAUAAGUAAUUCUACCAAAGUACAGUGUAUUUAAUCUUUUGCUGUUGUUGUUGUUGUUUUCUUAAAGUGCAAAACUGUUAUCUUAUGUUUCAGUUAGAAACAUUUUAAAUGUUUGAGUUUAAUUGAACAUUUCAUUUUGCAUGUAUUUGCCAGCUUGAAGAGUCAGUUCAUUCAAACCACACAUAUAUUUGUCAUAUACUGUUACUCCUGUGCAGAUGCACAGAACCAAACCCUGAACUUGAAUGCAGUUCUGUUAGAAAUGUCCUGACUGCUCAGGAUCAAUCACAGGCCUCGUUGUUUUUGCCUUUUCCGUGUGACUCUUUGCAUGGCUUCUUGUUGCCAGAGAUAACGGGGAAUCGUACUCUUUGUGAACUAACCCUUUAAUAAAUCUAUAGCCUUAGUAUUUGUUUCAAAUACUCAAAGACUGUUUUCCAUUGAAGUUUGCAGGAAGAACCUGUUGAAAUGGUCCCGAUCUGUGAUACAAUAUGAAUUAUGUAAGGAAUAAUAAAAUGUUAAAAUGCCA